GCCAGCGCAGGGUUGUCUCUGUGGUAUGUUCUCAAAUGACCCGCCGGAUGGGGCUUCCCUGCGUGGCCGAAUGGGCAGAGGGCGCUCUCGAGUGGGUUUGGACGGUGAUCUUAAGCGCUGACUUUAGUUUCUCCGCUUCUUGUCCGUGCAGCGGCCUCCCAGCCUGGCCUGGGCUAUGUGCGUUCAAAGCGUCUUCUCCACUAGCGUUUGCAAAUGAAAAUGGAGGAAAUGUCUUUGUCUGGCCUGGAUAACAGCAAGCUGGAGGCCAUCGCUCACGAGAUUUACUCGGACCUGGUCGAAGACGCCUGCCUGGGGCUCUGCUUCGAGGUGCAUCGGGCGGUCAAGUGCGGUUACUUCUUCCUGGACGACACGGACCCCGACAGCAUGAAGGAUUUCGAAAUCGUGGACCAGCCCGGCGUGGAUAUCUUCGGCCAGGUCUACAACCAGUGGAAGAACAAGGAGUGCGUGUGUCCGAACUGCAGCCGCAGCAUCGCUGCCUCCCGCUUCGCCCCCCACCUGGAGAAGUGCCUGGGGAUGGGCCGGAACAGCAGCCGGAUUGCCAACAGGAGGAUCGCUAGCAGCAACAACAUGAACAAAUCCGAGAGCGACCAAGAGGACAACGAUGACAUCAACGAUAACGACUGGUCCUACGGCUCCGAGAAGAAAGCAAAGAAGAGGAAAUCCGAUAAGAACCCCAACUCGCCCCGGAGAUCGAAAUCCUUAAAACACAAAAAUGGGGAGCUCAGCGGGAACUCGGAUCCCUUUAAGUACAGCAACUCCUCUGGAAUCAACUACGAAACGCUGGGUCCCGAGGAGCUGCGCUCGUUGCUCACCACGCAAUGUGGGGUGAUCUCCGAACACACCAAGAAGAUGUGCACCAGGUCUCUGCGCUGCCCCCAGCAUACAGACGAGCAGCGGAGGUCAGUCAGGGUCUACCUCCUUGGACCCUCUGCCUCGCUCCCGGAGGCAGAGGGCAGCGUGGAAAAUGAGGGCUUUGACGUGUCGGAGAGCCAGGCCAUCAUGAGCCGGCUGCAGUGGGACGGCUCCUCGGACAUCUCGCCCUCCGACUCGGCCUCCUCGAAAGCGAGUACGAACAACUCGGAGUCACGUAAAACCAAAAAGAAGAAGCCGCACCUGAGCCUGGUGGGGGGCACGCCGGGGCUCAGCUCCAGCAAGAAGAAGAAACCCAAACCGCCCGCGCCCCCCACCCCCAGCAUCUACGACGACAUCAACUGAGGGGCGGGGGCGGGCGGCGGCCCCUGCGCCGGGCCUGUCCUGACUCUGAUCGCGCCCGGAGGAGCCAAGCGACGCCUCAUACCCCCUGCUCUAUUGACUGUGAAGAGAGAGAGCCCGUCUCCGGGAAUCGGACUGCGCGGGUGCAGGGGGCACCUGUCUCCAGGAGGGGGUGCUGUGGAGCUGGAGGACGUCACUGCCUGCGGGGAUUGUGGGGCAUGGCUGACAUGUCCCUUCCCCCAUGUCUAUUUAUUCUGUGAUUUUUACUGGAUGUCCAAUCAUGACUAUAUGGUGACGUCUGUCGCUUGGCAACACUAGAGCCGGGUGUGUGUGUGGGUGGGGGGGACUGAGCGGAUGCCACCCUGGGCCUUGAAGGGAGGCACCGGAGAGGAGGGGUGCGGGAGCCAGGCCAUGCCAGCCCUGCAGCCUCCCUGCCUUCUCUGACUGACGAGCCGAAAAGUCAGGGGAUCUGAGGGGAGGAAAAGGCCCCUUCAGAGCCACCUCCUCCAGGGAGCAGGGUGCUGGCCUCUGAGGAGGAGCUGGUACAAGGAUCAAUGCCCGGGGCAAUACAGGCCUUCCCUUUUACUUCUGUCAUGGGACUUCUGGACGGGCCUUGAUUUGGCAUUUUGGGGGGGGGGGUGCGUUCCUCCUUCCUUCCGCCCCCAGGUGGGGAGGGGGCUGGCUGGUGCCAGGUCCGCGCGCCAGAGCGGAGGGCGUGAUCUGAUGUCCCUGCUGUGGUCCGCUCUCCCCGCAGGGCGGUGGCCGUGUGCCAGCCUCGCUCUGUGCGGGUGCUCGCCGGUCGGGCAGGCCCCAGAGCGGGCACCUGUCGGGGCGCUGUGUGAGGACUGCGGGGUUCGGGGAGGGCGGAGGCUGGAUGGUAAUACACAUUCCCGUGGGGUCCCCCUCAGCCGGUUGUACCUCCUGGCAUGGGGAAGUGCCCUGGCUGGGCUUGGAGCUGCUUGGCUCCGUGAUGUUGCUGGCGCUUGUUCUGCCAUCUCUGCC